GGCGGGGGGGGGGCUUCGGAGGGUCUGCAGGUGUCCUUCCCACCCCUUUGUUCCAAUGGCGCUGGGGUAAGUGCGGAGCCCCGGCCCCGGCCCUCUGGCCCCUCCUGACUCCCUUUGCAAAGCAGCCUGGGUUUGCACGCGUGAGGGUGUCGAUCCCUCCCCUGCACGCCAGUCGCGCUUGCCGCUGCUAGGGCAGCAUGGCUCUCCACCAGCCAGCCAGCCAGCUGCUGGGGAUUUGUCCAAGCCCUGCCGGGAAAGCGCCUCUCUCCAGGAAGCCUCCCUUCCGCCCUGCCGCUGGACCGCUGCAGCAUCAGCACCAGAGCGCGCGAAGGAUGCUGCUUAUCCCUGCAUCCCUGGCAGGGCGCUCCUGAUGCCGGCCAGCGCUGCUUUCCCCGGGCUCCCCCAGCCGGCCUCUGCCAGGCCGCGAGUGGCCGGAGCAGUGUCGUUGCAGCUUAAGCCUGGAUCGGGUCAGGUGGUGAUGCUCCUGCCCAGACCGGUAGAUAAUCCUCCGUCUCUGACAGCUGCUCUGCCACGUGAAAGGGAUCACCGCCGCCGCCACAAGCCCGGCUCCGGGCCCCAGAGGCAGUGCCAAGCCCAGCGCCUGUCCGAAUAAAGGAGCCCGGCAACCCAGAGGGAGCCCGGCCAAGAUCUCCGCAGUGUAUGUGAGCGCGGUUGAUGUAUUAUGCAAACAGCAAAGGGGGUGUAGCUAGGAUGGACCUUGGGGGUACAGGAGAGCCAGAUGGACUUUGCCAGCGGCGGACGGAAGGGGACAACUUUUGUCAGGCCAACUGCGGCGGGGGAGAGGGCGAGCGCCAAGCAGAAGAUCUGAAAUAAGGUUCAGCAUCUGUGAGGAUGUGAAAAAUGGCUGACAGUCCUCAAACGCCAUCGAGUCCUUCUGCAGCAAAGCCUCACUCCCAAGCCAGCUCUCAACAGGAGAAUGCUACUUUUGCUUCCCAAAGAGAAGGCGUGGAUGGGAAUGAACUGAUCUUUGCCUUGGACAACGACGAGGAGGAAGCUGUUGCUGAUCCACCAGAAAGCUUCUCGCUGUGUGAAGAUAGCGGGCAAGAAGAAACCCAUCGUGCACGGUCCGUCCUCCACGUGCCGCUCCCUCUCCCGUCCCGUCCUCCAGAGUCAGAUUUCUCGCCUGCUGCACCCCUUUCCAGCUCUCCUGGUUUCUCGCCUCAGAGGUCGACUGGAUUCAUAAACCCACAAGGCCCCAAGCCGCUCAUCAACUUAGUGAAGUCUCUCUCGACCGAGAUCGAGUCCCGAGACGGCUCCUCCCUCAAGCCCCAGCCUUUGUUGAGCUUGGUCAAAUCCAUUUCCACGGAGAUUUCCCGCCUGGAGCCCGAGGUGACUCCAUCAAAAUCGGACUCCAAACUCAACGUCCACCGGUGGCGUCAGAUCACCCACCCCAAGGGCAAAAAUGGGGACUCCAGGACAGCUCCCUCUUCACCCAGCACCUCCCCUUCGGAAAGCAAAGGAAGCUUCUUCAAGGCCCAGGAAGCCAAGUUCGAGGACACCAAAAGGCGGUUUUCAGAGGCCAUGCAUGAACCACUCAGCCGGCUCAGCAAAAUCAUAGGAGAAGAGAACAACGCUUCCCCGAAACAGAAGUCCCCCCAUUCUGGCAACCAAAUCCACGAGGCUCCUUCCGGUCUCUGCAGAGAUCCCUCGACUACGGAGGCCAAGAGCGAAGGCCCCAGCAGUCAGCACGGGGCCACGUUAGGCCAGUCCUGCCGAAGGAGCCAAGCAGAGGAACAUUUGCCCGCGGAACAGAAAUGGGGGCCUUCCUCAAACUGCCGGUAUGAAAUCUGCUCCUACGGCGACGUCAUCCAGGUGGUGGAGGUGGCUCAGGACAAAGGGGCCAGCGAGGAUGAAGUGCGGACCAUCAAGCCUCUGGAGGUCUUGUGCCCCACCCAGUCUUGCAGCACCGUGCCAAGCAAAGCCCUCGCCUGCAUUGCCCUGUUGGCCUACAACUACUUUGUCCUACCUUUGCCCCCCUACGUCUCCGGCCUCUUCCUGGGCUUGGCCUGCGGGUUCAUGUUGGGCUUCCUGAUCAUCCUGCUCUUGGUGCCAAAGCGUUCCUUUUCUCGGCGGAAAACACACCACCCUUGGGACAAGAUUCCACUGGAGAUGCUAAAUCGGCACCCUCGAGAACCCAGCGCGCUUAAGGGAUGGAUGAAUGAAAUGUACUUCUAUGAUCCAGAGAUCUAUCACCCUUCCAUGACCCAUUCUGUGUUUGUGACCUUGGAGGACUCCUCCGUGAAGCUCUCCUAUCCCAAAAACAAUAUCCCCCGCCGGGCCACCUUUGAAGAAGAGAUCUCAGAGGUGGCUUUUGUGAAUCACCACCAUUAUGACCUGCACGGUGCAAAGGUCUUCCUCUUCCCACCCGGGCUGGCUCGGAAGAGAAUGUGGAACAAAAAAUACCCCAUCUGCAUUCUCUUGCCAGAGCAAGAGAACCUGAACAGCAAGGGAUUGGCCGAGCACAAUGUGGACCACCCAAAAGAGAAGAGUGCUAAGAAGCAGCAGCCCCCCAGCCAGGAGACCCCUCAGAAGCCCCCAGCUGACCCCCGGGAAAGGACGCUUUACCUCUUUGGCAGAACAGGAAGGGAGAAGGAGGAAUGGUUCCAGCAUCUCGUGACGGCCUCCCGGGCUGAGCGUUCUGAGCUACACAGCGCCAAUCACAGUGAAAUCCGGGCAGGGGCCAACCAGCUCAGCCCGCCAGGGAGAGGGAUGCACAGCAGCAGCAGUAGCAGCAGCAGCCGGGGCAGUGCGGAAGACCUCCCUUCUUUGGUCAAGCCCCGAGAUCUAGUUGGAAACGUGCGGGAGAAGCUGCUGCUGGAUUACAAUACCUACAUGUCCCGAAUUGUCCCGGUGGCCAAUGGCUCCAGCUCUCCUGGAAGUCCCUGCCCCAGUGCGGCCGGCAGCCUGACUCCCAAACAGUGUCUCGGAGACGAGAACCUCCCCAGCGAAUCACAGACAGCGUGGGUCAAUGCUGUUCUCGGGCGGAUGUUUUGGGACUUCCUAAGAGAAAAAUAUUGGGCAGACCAGGUCUCAGACAAGAUUCAGAAGAAACUGGGCCGGAUCAAGCUGCCCUAUUUUAUGAAUGAACUCACACUCACGGAACUGGACAUGGGGACUUGCAUCCCGCACAUCAGCAGCGUUUCCGGCCCAACCAUUGACCAUCGAGCUACCCAGUUGGGAGAAAGAUGGUACAGUUUUAGGAUUCCCCCGCAGUUGGAUUUGAAGGUCCGUCCAAAACUGGGAGAACGGGAGGUCACCUUCAUCCAUGUGACUGAAUGGAUAGAGAAGAAACUCCAGCACGAAUUCCAGAAAAUCUUAGUGAUGCCAAAUAUGGACGACCUCAUCGUACCUCUAAUGCAUUCUGGAUUGGAAUCCCAGGAGCCUGUGGAGGAACCCACAAAGGACUGCCUGGAAGACUGCGAGAAGAAAUGCUGAGCAGGGACCCCGUCUGCCCAAGACCCUUGAUGGGGUCGGCCAGGAUAACCCCGCAACCAGACAAUCGAGGCCUGGGAAGGAGCAUCGGCCGAGGGCCAGUCAGGAGGCUGGUGUCUGGCGACAUUAUUGCUCCAUCUCUUCUACUCUUUCCCCCUUCCCUGACAAAACAAAGUUCUUCCUGUGGGAUAUUUCAACACAUUUCACAAGCAGCAGAUGGGUAAGGGAGAUAGAAGCCAGCUUUCAACCUGACUGGCCCCAGCACAAGCGAGAAGUUGUUCAGCGCCAUCCUUUCUGCCAGAAGGGUCGUGGGAGAGACUGUGACCCCAAUGGUUUUGUGGCGUUCCGUCCAGGUUGAGCUUCCAAACCAGACUUUGCAAAAAAACAUCCACAUCUAGCUGAAUUUAAAUGCCAGACCCAUCAAUAUGGCUGGGCUUAAGGACUGAACAAAUGCCAAAGAAUAUGCCUGUUCCAUUCAGUUUGACGCACUCCUGGGGGAGCCUGCACAGUAGAGAGGUUAAAGUGUUGGACUAGAACCUACAGAUCCUUUCUCAUGGAUAAAAUUGCUGCGUGCCCUUGAGCCAAUCAUUAUUUCCAAGCUCAGCCUCCUUCAGAGGAUUGUUGUGGGAGGAUAAAAUAGAGGAGAACCCCAAAAGCCUCCCUAAAUCCCUAGGAGAAAGGGUGGGGCUAAAGACACAGAGAUGGAGAGGCUCCAGCUUUUAACAACCCGGGUCUGGGUUUGAGUCUAUAGGGAAAGUCAGUUUGGAGACUUGAAGAUCCAGAGCUUGCAAGUAGCGCCCCCUCGCUUUGCCAGCCCCAAGGAGGAAAACAGCUGGAACUUCUACAAGGGUAGCUUUCCAUUUUGGAGCUGUGCUGGUUUUCUAACAGGCCCUGGGAGGCCUUCUGGAAAUAAUGUUGUUGCCCGAAACCAGAUGUUGCACAUGGAGGCAACCAGGAAGCAUUAUGGGGUUGGAGACUUAAAGCAGGCAUAGAUGGUGCAAACCAGAACCAGUCACCGGAGCACGAUAAAGAGCUGGGCUGGACACUGCAGAAAGAGAACCUGAUAGCUUGGAGGUGGCCCAUGUGCGCUCCCGUGCACUUUUCCUGCCUGGCAGACUGUGGGGCUGGGCUGUUAAGACAGUGCUGUGCUGCUCCUAGGUAUUGUAUUUAUCCUCCUCCUGUCUUAAACCCCUUUCCCUUUCCCAUAUGCCAAACUCAAGGGGCGGCAUUCCGCAACAGCGGGCAAUGCCGGAAGCAUCUCAGUGCAAAGGAAGCUGAGCUGGCCGUUUCCAAGAGAUGGCCCGCACUGCAGCAUGACAGGUGACUGUUUCAAUUUUCCAUGCAAUAAUUUAAAAAAAAAAAAGCAAUAGCUUUGGGCAAUUUAAUUAUGGGUUGCGCCUAAUCAAAGGGCUUUGCAAACCUUAUGGUUGACAAGAGGCGGUGAAACGGGUGGUGAACGUGAAGCAAAUAAAGGCUUGCAUCCAG